GAGGCAGCGGCUGCGGACCGGGACCCCCACAGGCAUCCCUGCCCAGAAACACGUGGCAAGGGAAAGCCGAGCCUGUCACCCCUCCUGUCAGCUGGCUGUCCCACUGCGGGCAGAGCCAGGCUGGCAGAGGAGCCCGGGAAAGGAAGAGCAGGGACCUGGCAGGUGAAGCCGUCAUCAUGGACCGGGAGCCAUCGUCAUGGCCAGGAACUUGUCCCCACAGCCAAGAAGCCAUCUCCCUCCAGGUCCGCUUGGUCGGGGACCUGAUCCCCCUGACAGAGACCCAAACUCACAACCACGGCCCCUCCUGUCCCCAUGCCCAGGUCCCAGCCCCGGGGCGCUGCGGGCAGGGGUGCGGGCAGGCCGGGCGCUGCGGGCAGGGGCUGCCGCCCACCCUCCCCGGCCCCGCUGCCGCAGCGCGGGGCUCCAGCCCGGGCUGUCCCGGGCGCCGCCGGACACCGAGGCCGGCGCAGGCCGCGCUUUCGCUUUGCAGGGCAGGGCUGGGCUGGUGCCGGCAGCACCCGCAGAGCUGCCCUCGGGCCAAGCCCGGGGACAGGCCGAGAGAGCGGCGGUUUCUGCCCAGCUCGGGGAACCGAAGCAGCAGCGGCUCCCCCGGCUCAGCGCCGCGAUGCCGCCCGGGCUGCUGCGCUGGGGCCCGGCGGCCCUGCUGGCGGUGCUGGGGGUGCCCGCCUUCCUGCUGCUCCUGACCCCGGCCAGGGAUGCUGCUCUCCCCGCGAGGAACAAAUACGGUCUGGUGUUCGACGCCGGCUCCACGCACACAACUCUCUACGUGUACCGGUGGCCCGGGGACAAGGAGAACGGCACCGGCAUCGUCUCCCAGGUGGAGGCCUGCACCGUGGCUGGACCUGGCAUCUCCAGCUAUGCAGAUGACCCCGCUGGGGCUGGAGCCAGCCUGAAGCCCUGCCUGGACAAGGCCAUGGAGAUCAUUCCAGCAGAGCAGCAGCGGGAGACCCCCACCUACCUGGGGGCCACAGCAGGCAUGAGGCUGCUGAGGGAGCAGAACAGCACCAAGGCCCAGCAGGUCUUUGCUGAGGUUGCCAAGGCCAUUGGCGAGUACCCCGUGGACUUCCGUGGAGCUCAGAUCCUCACGGGGAACGAGGAGGGCUCCUUCGGCUGGAUCACCGUCAACUACCUGCUGGAGACCCUGGUGAAGUUUUCCUUUGCAGAGAAAUGGGAACAUCCUCAGGACACGGAAGUUUUUGGAGCUCUGGAUCUUGGAGGCGCCUCAACACAAAUAACCUUCCAGCCUGGAGUCACCAUUGAGGACAAGAACAUGUCUGUCUUCUUCAGGCUGUACAGCACCAACUACACACUCUACACCCACAGCUACCUCUGCUACGGGCAGACACAAGCCUUGAAGAGGCUGCUGGCAGCUCUCCACCAGGGCAGCCGGUCUCCCCAGCAGGUGUCUCACCCCUGCUACCCCAAGGGAUACCAGGAGAACAUCACCAUGGCAGAUCUCUACAACAGCCCCUGUGUCCAUGCACCGAGCAGCCCCAGCCCUGCGCAGAAUCUCACGGUGAUGGGCACAGGGGACCCAGCAGCGUGUGCCAUUGCCAUCCAGGAACUCUUCAACUUCAGCUGCGAGGCCAGCAGGACGUGCGGGUUCAACGGGGUCUAUCAGCCACCUGUGCGGGGACAGUUCUUCGCCUUUUCGGGGCUUUAUCACAACCUUCACUUUCUGAACCUGACUGGGGGGCAGUCCCUGAGCUUUGUCAAUGCCACCAUCUGGCAAUUCUGCAGGAGCAGCUGGGAGAAGGUGCAGAAGAAGUUCCCCACCAUGAUCAGGACCCACCUGCGUGACGCCUGUGCAGCCAGUUCCUACACCCUCACCCUUCUCCUGCAAGGCUACAGAUUCAACCACACAACGUGGCUCAACAUCCACUUUGUCCAGCAGGUUGCUAACACAGACAUGGGCUGGACUCUAGGCUACAUGCUCAAUCUCACCAACAUGAUUCCCUCAGAAACUCCCCAGAGAGUCAUAGGGCUCCAGAGGAGCAGUUGGAUAGCAGCCACAGUCUUGCUGGCCGUCAUGCUCAUCCUCAUCUUCUGCCUGCUCACAGUCACAUGCUGCCAGGAAAACUCUGGUUAUGAGAGGCUCUAGCAGCUCUGGCUCCAGAUGCUGCCAAAGCCACUUUCUCCUGCUGCAGGAGUGUGAGGACCUGCAGACCAGGGAAUUGUCCCCACGUGUCCAGGAGCUAUGAACUUGUGAUGUGGGUCAUCUGUGUUCUGGCCUGAUGAGCUGGAACCGAGCACAGGCUUUAAAAAAUCCUCCCUGGA